CUAUUUUAAAUCGGUUCAGAUGCCACAUCCCUUGAAGUUCCUCAACUGUCUGAUAAUACUUUAAAGUUUUUUAUUAUUUCUUUCUAUCCUAAUUCGUUACUCGGCGAAAUUGAAAUAUUAACUCGACAGGUGUAGGGCAUCUUUCCCUUUCUAUCCUGCAGCACAGCACCUGGUUCAUGUGUCACCCUAAUAAGUUUAUCUGUCACAUGAUGGAUACUUCUAGUACAAUAAAGUUUAUUCUGUUUCUUCAGCAACAAGUUGUUGCAGGGAAGAUAACAUCCUCCACCUUGUCUGUGUAGUAUUUACCUCUCUUCAGAAUUGCUGAAAGACGGCUGAAGAGGACUCAGUAUGUGGGCACACUUAACGAUACUUAUGAUGGCACUUAUGGCGUUGGCCUCGGGUCCACCUGGCGUUCAGUGCUCCAAGGAUGGGUACAACAUUUAUAAAGACCUCAUCCUGCGCGGUAAAUUUGAUGCGUUGGAAGGUGCAGAUGAGCAAUUAGAUGCCGAAGAGGUUUCCAGCAGUCCAAAAUUAUACUUCUACCGAACUCCUUUGCUGGUUCAACCAAAUGACGGUUUUGAUUACGUAAUUGGCCGAGAUGCUGUGGAAGAACCUCUGCAAGCGGUAGAUGCGGAGGCUGUUAGUGAGGGGAAUCCCAAAAGCGGUGGCCCCAGGGAUAGAUUUCCGCUGCCUCGAACCCUUGCAAAGAGAGAUACAGGCCCUCGACAUGCUUAUACAAGCUUCAGCUCAGAAGCAUCAGAUGACACCACUGUGCUGAGUAAGAGAGGCCCAGGCUCGAUACUUACAUGGGCGCUUUCCUCCAAGAGACCUCUGGUGCAGUCGGAUUUGAGGCAAUUAAAUUUUUUGUAAUUAUUUCUGAUACUUUAUACUUGGAAAAAAGAAGGCGCAUCUUAAAUCUACUUUACAUUAUCAGAAUUAUGGUUCUCCAACAAAAAUUAUUUCACUGAAACUUUUCUGCGUUAAAGAAUUAUGAAGGAAAAGUGCAUAAAAAUUAAAUGUUUAUAAAAAAAUAGAGAUCUUAUUUUUCAGGUCUUACACGAAAGUUAACUGAACAUUCAAUUUAUUUUUAAUGACUUUUCUUUUAACCGCAUAAUAAGUAAAUAUUGAAUAAAUAAACAUUUAUUUUUUCUUGAAAAAAAAUGAAUGAAAAUAAUUCAAUAUCAGAUAUCAUAGCAUUUUUAAUGUGUUUGAAUAUAUCUGAAAUUGGGAGAAAUAUUGAGGAUAGAAUCAGAUAUCGUAUGUAUAAUUCAUAUAACGAAAUUCAGCAAAAAUUAAAUUCAUUUGGGCGACAAAAUUCAUAUGAGAAACUAGACGGAAAUUGCAGCCGCAUUAUAAUUGCAACAACAGAUAAGAAUUCAAUUGCACUGUAUUUAUCAUUUUAUUGCUGUGUUCUUCUAUGUUAUUGUUCAGUUGACUUGCCUAAUGU